UUCAUUUUCCGUUGAAUGAAAACAUGGGUACAACAUCAGAGCCAAGUUGUACUCUUUACGUGCGGCAUUUGCCAUCUGAACUUAACAACAACGACAAAGAGGAUUUACUUGUGCAUUUUGGUGCUACUAAAGUGAAAGUUAUGGGAAUAAAAGGACCCAUGAAACAUACUGCGUUUGCUACUUUUUCUGACCAUGAAUCUGCUAAAAAGGCAUUGAACCAGCUUCAUCAGCUAGAAGUAUGUGGAUGUAAACUCAUUGUAGAAUUUGCCAAAAGUACACAGAGAAAGAAUUUUCCUUCACUGCUCGAAAAUAAGAGAAAACCACCAGUAGAAAGCAGUGACAAUCUUCAGGAGACAAAAGAUGAUAAACCUGAGGAGUAUCUGCCAACAGAAAAUACUUUUAAAACCUGGAGGAUGGAAUAUCCCAGGAACCCUAAGCUGCAUUACUUGUAUCCUCCCCCAACUGUGGCCAUAGUAACCAAUAUAGCCAAUGCUCUGGCUUCAUAUCCAAAAUUCUAUGUCCAGGUGCUCCAUCUAAUGAACAAAAUGAACCUGCCUGCCCCGUUUGGACCUGUUACCUCCACACCUCCUAUACCUGGUGAUAAAGAAGAUACUCUGAUGUUAGGAAAAGAUCAGCUAGAAUCUGAGGAAAUGGAAGUUAUAAGUGAGGAGGAAUCAGAGAUGGAAAGUGAAAGUGAAAAUAACGGCAAUGUUAAAGAAAAAAUUGCUGUCAAGAGACCUUUGAAAAGAAAAUCCAGAUUACCUAAGAAGAAGUUAAAGUUAGCUCCCUUAGUGGCCCCCUCAGAAACCCCACCUGUCAGACCGACUCAGGUGAUACAUGCUCAGGAGGUGUUUGAGCAGCCCACCUCACAGGUCCAGUCCAAGAAAAUAGAACUGAGGCUGCCAGAGGCAGUGCUACCCAGAGAUGAAGAUAAAGUUGUAGAGCCCCCUGAUUUGUUGUCAGUGGUGGAAUCAGCUGAGCAGACUGGAGGGGAGGAAGGCGGUGAAAGUGGAUUCGGGAAAAUUCAACCUGUAGAGAAGCCUCCACCAGAAGAAGAGUUGAGGGAAUCAGACCUACCCUAUACGGUAGAUCCUGAGUUGUUUCUGUCCCUGGAUGAAAUCAAAAAGGGCAGAAUAUCCCAGUCAGAAAUGAAGAAUUUUUCAGUUUUUAAAAAAUAUGAAGCUGGUGAGGUGGCCGGCCGCCUGUAUAUCAAGAAUCUUGCUAAAAAUACCACAGAGCAGGACCUUGUCAAUAUAUUUGGAGGCUUUGUGAAUUGGAGUGACGAGUUAGAAAAGAACAUAUUUGAUAUACGUUUAAUGAAGGAAGGCCGAAUGAAGGGACAGGCUUUUGUCACCUUCGCCAAUGAAAAGUCAGCUCACAAAGCUCUCAAGGAAACAAACGGCUUUGUCCUGAAUUCCAAACCCAUGGCAGUGCAAUUUGCAAGAUCAGCAAAGGCAAAGGAACCCAAUGAGAAGCCUUCUAAGAAAUGAUGUUAGAACAAAGUCAAGGACAAGGCUUUCAAAGUCAAGGACAGUGGAAGAAAAACACACUGAACUCGCAAAUGUAAAAUAUUGAGAUUGAGUUUAUAAUAGCAGUAAGAAUGGCAAUUGGAUUGUGAUACACAUGUACAAGUACUGCAAAGCAACAGGACAGCUCAAAUCUUAUAUGUCCAGAAAAUUAAAAAAUGUACUUAACUCUUCUUGAAUUUGGUGCUACAUUUAGUAACUGAAAUAGGAAUUAACAUCUAAUAGAUACAUGUAGAAGCUGAUGAAAGAAUCGUUUCUGAAAUCAUGAAACCUGUCGGUACAUUUGCAAAUGUUUUUUGUAAACAUGAAAUAUGUUAUUUCUUUUUUGAUAUUCAAUGCAACUGGAAUAAAAUCUAAGUAAAAAGUAA